UUCAUCCCAUUUAAAUUAGGUACAUUUGAGUCUUCACCAUUUGAGUCUUGCACACAUUCAUCUUCAACAACUUUUUCUUCAUUUACCUUAACCCAUUUUUUAACUCCGAUCGAGAUCAUUUGUUUUAAUUUUGCGCGUAUUUCCUUCUUUUUCAACAGAAUUUGAUUGAUUUUUAAUCUUUCGCGUGUUUAAUUGAAUACUUUUUCAGAUUUUAACAUUAACUAUCUUUUAACUACUAAAAUGACUACUCUCCUAAUUACUCCAACUUUAAAUUCAACUAAUCAAGUUGCUCUCAGUUUUGCUCUUCAUUUACUGAAAGCUGGCCGAUCUACUAAUGAGAACAGACAACUCUUUGCUUUGGUUUCGCCUAAAGAUGGAACGAAGAUUUCAAAAUCACUGGAACCUUAUCUUGAGGGAGGUCAACUCAAUAUUUUGUUUGGCUCUGCUAAUUCUCAAAAGAUUGUUAAGAAAGUUGUCGAGGUUAAUGAGGUUUAUACGCUCAGUUUUUGUCAUAAUAGACGAGGAAGGUAACAUUGCAG